AUCACUGUUUUUUUUAGGAUACCAAAACAAUGGUUUCCACAAAGUCAGCUUUGAUGGGAGAAAUGUACGCAAAUGCAUGUCGGAGACGAGGAAAGCAAUGAGGGCUUACAAUGACGAGGUAGACGAUAGUAAAUACAGGGGUGAAGAUAUACGACCAUGUCAAACAUGUAAAAAUGGACUCAUCGACGAAUGCAAAGGUCUUAAAGAAGAAAUAAACAAGAUACAGAGUAAUCUGUUAAGUAAGGAAGUGGACAUCAACGAAGAGAUUUGUGACUGCCAAUAUGGGAAAACAUCAUUUCCUGUAGAAAUGAGACCAGAUGGGUCCAGGGGAAGACAAAACACGGAGCAAGGUGACAGCGGGUAUAUUGAAUCAAAAGAUUUGGAACCGAGUAAGAAACAGGGAACUGGCUUUAUAAAAAUCAAUCGAGACGAGGAAGGAGAGUGUGUGACCCUGGAAGGUGAAGGUGUCCAGGAGGAAAUCCAAGAGGAAAACACCUCACAUGCUUGAAGAGACAGUGCUAUUGGAUUUUAUCAUCACAAUUGACAAGCAUAGGAACUAUUAUUUGAUGCAUCAGAUAAAUAAAGUUAAUGAAAGAUGAAAACAGCUACUGAUUCAGAGGUUGGAAGUGUUGACUACGG